UUCAAACCUAUGGAGCGGUCUAAAAUCAAUUUUCUCAUUAUUCUCGAGAAACAUUUUAUAAUUCAAAAAGAAAAUCACAAAAUAAAGUCAGUAUUCUGUCUCCUCCGUCCAACCAUCAAUGGCAUCAACGGCUAUCCGUCUCCGUCGAAUCGCUGCCGUUACCACCGCCGUUACGUUCUCCAUUACCUCCUUUUCCUCCAAUGAUAAACCUAUCAUCAAUACAGAGCCUCAAAUCCAGGCCCGAAUUGCUGGAUCAAAUGGCGUAGUACCGUCUCGGAAUUCUAACAUUUCGAUGUUAAUGGAGUCGACCUUGGAGAAGCCUCUAGAUGUUUUGGUGAUUGGUGGAGGUGCUACAGGGUGUGGAGCUGCACUUGAUGCUGUAACAAGAGGACUUCGUGUUGGGCUUGUCGAAAGAGACGAUUUUUCUUCUGGAACUUCCUCUCGUUCUACCAAGUUAAUUCAUGGAGGUGUACGCUAUCUUGAAAAAGCUGUAUUCAAUGUAGAUUAUGGGCAGCUGAAGCUUGUCUUCCAUGCUCUAAAGGAACGUAAACAAAUAAUUGAUAAUGCUCCUCAUUUGUGCCACUCUUUGCCAUGCAUGACUCCAUGUUUUGGUUGGUUUGAAGUGGUUUACUACUGGGCUGGUCUGAAAUUAUAUGAUCUAGUUGCUGGAGCAAGAUUACUACAUCUAUCGAGGUAUUACUCGGCUCAAGAGUCAAUUGAGCUCUUCCCGACUCUUACAAGAAUAGGAGACAAUAAAAGUUUGAAAGGCACUGUAGUGUAUUAUGAUGGGCAGAUGAAUGAUUCUCGACUUAAUGUUAGCUUAGCAUGCACAACAGCAUUAGCUGGUGCCUCUGUGCUUAAUCAUGCUGAAGUUGUUUCUUUACUUAAAGAUGAAGUUAGUGGGAGAAUAAUUGGUGCACAGAUUCGUGACAACCUCACUGGCGAAGAGUUUACAACAUAUGCUAAAGUUGUGGUGAAUGCUGCGGGGCCUUUUUGUGACUUUGUUCGGAAACUAGCUGAUAAGGCUGCCGUGCCCAUGAUAUCUCCUAGCAGUGGUGUACAUAUUGUUCUCCCGGACUACUAUUCUCCUGAUGGCAUGGGGUUAAUUGUUCCAAAAACUAAAGAUGGACGUGUUGUUUUCAUGCUUCCAUGGCUAGGAAGGACAUUAGCGGGUACCACAGACUCUAAUACCGACAUUACAAUGCUGCCCGAGCCACAUGAGGAUGAGAUUCAAUUCAUAUUGGAUGCUCUCUCUGAUUACCUUUGUAUCAAGGUACGUCGAACAGAUGUUCUCUCUGCAUGGAGUGGCAUUCGUCCAUUGGCAGUGGAUCCAAAAGCAAAGAACACUGAAAGCAUCUCACGUGAUCAUGUUGUUUGCGAAGAUUUCCCUGGCUUGGUAACUAUUACUGGUGGCAAGUGGACUACUUAUAGAAGCAUGGCCGAAGAUGCUGUUGAUGCUGCAAUUAAGUCUGGAAAGCUGCAACCAACCAAUGAAUGCAUGACACAUAACUUGACCCUUACUGGUGGAUAUGGUUGGGAUCCUUCCAAGUUUACAGUAAUUUCUCAGCAGUAUGUUCGAAUGAAGAAGACACGCGAUGGAAAAGUUGUUCCUGGUCUCAUGGACACUACUGUGGCAAAGCAUUUAUCACAAGCAUAUGGUACAUUGGCUGAGCGGGUCGCUUCAAUAGCUCAGAAUGAAGGUCUGGGCAAGCGUCUGGCCCACGGGUACCCUUACCUUGAAGCAGAAGUAGCAUACUGUGCUCGAUAUGAAUACUGCGAGUCUGCGACUGACUUCAUCGCUCGAAGAUGUCGUCUUGCUUUUCUGGAUACUGAUGCUGCUCGUAAAGCUCUGCCUCGAGUGAUCGAAAUCCUAGCAAUAGAACACAAUUGGAAUGCAUCUAGGAAGAAGGACGAGUUAAAGAAGGCUGAAGAGUUCCUCAAGACCUUCAAAUCAUCCACAAAUGCACAAUUUCAUGAUGGUAAACACAACUAGCUCUAUUUUUCAGAACCAUACCAUACCAUCAUACCCAGUAAAUCCCGCUUAUUUAAACUACAAGCAAAUUCUUGGCAUUGCCCUGCCAUUUCAAAAAGGGUUCUACCCAAGCCUUUACAUUGGAUUAGAAGUUCUCUCAUAUUUACAAAUAAGAGUCAUAUACCCACUACAUCCACACAUAAAGAUGUAUACUUUUUUUUCAAUUGACUUUCUGAUGACAUUUACUUUGAGACUCUUGAAGUUUUUUUUGGUGUCUUAUAGCUUACGCUAUGGAAAAUAACACUUCUAUCACAUUACUACGAUUAGUAGCAAAUUCACAAAGACAACACUAGUUGUGGUGUAAAUGUAUAUAUAGUUGAUGGUUGUACAAAUAAAGGAGGCCAUGCUUCUUUUGUUCUUAUGUAUAAUAUUAUUUAUUAUAUUCUAGGCUUUUUUAUGUUUAUAUCUCAUCCUUUUUAUUA